GGCACAGCGAUGUUUUCUUGGGGAGAGGACGGUCUCCGGGGCUUUCGGCUCAAAGAUGGAGCGACCGUGGACGGCGGGCCGCCGGCGGACGACCGGGUUCAGCACCUGGAGCUCGGUUACCGCGUGGCGGAACUGUGCGCGGGCCGCGGUGCGCUCGCGUUCGUCAAAACAAAUGGGAACGCGUUCGUGAUCCGCACGAGCGCGAGCAAAGACGGGACGAGAGUGCGAGGCAAACAGAAGUUUUUGAAGUGUAAAGAGAAGAUCCGGGCUGUGGGUUGCUAUGGUGAUGAUGGUGACGAUGAUGAUGUGGUCAUGCUGCUGUCCGAGGGAGGAAACGUCCUCUGCGUGAACACGACUCACACCAGCAAUCUGAAGCCUCUGGCAGCUUUGUGCAACAUAGUGGUGUCUCAGGUUGCUUGUGGGAGCCGGCACUCAGUGGCCCUCACCCAAGGGGGUCAGGUGUACACAUGGGGCCGGGACUCCAGGGGCCAGCUGGGUCUGGGGAGGAGCGGGCGGCGCUCCGACUCGCCCCAACACCUCCUCUCUCUGUCGGCGCUCCCCCUGGUCCAGGUGGCUGCUGGGGGAGACCAGAGCUUCGCCCUCUCCGUCUCCGGAGGCGUGUUCGGCUGGGGCGGGAACAACCGCGGGCAGCUCGGGCUGGGAGACACAACAGAUAGACAUGCGCCAACUCCCGUUGAUGGUUGGAACACAAAGACAACUAUUCACAUUUCCUGCGGAGAGGACCACACGGCCAUUCUGACAAAGAAUGGGGCAGUGUUCACAUUCGGCUCUGGUCAAUACGGGCAGCUCGGGCACAACUCAUUCGCCGAUGAACUACGACCUCGGCUCGUUGUGGAGCUCUGGGGGGCAAAGGUCACCAAGGUUGCAUGUGGACGGCAUCACACAUUGGCGCUGACGGACUCCAACAGGGUCUACUCCUUCGGGUGUGGAGAGCAGGGGCAGCUGGGACGCGGAGAGGAGAGCCAUCCGUCGGUGCCGCUAGCCGUUCAACUGCCACGAGACACGGCUGACGCUGGAAUUAGAGACAUCUUCGCUGGAGGAAACUGUUCGUUUGCGACGUGCGCGUCCACCGAGGAUGCCAGUGAGGAGAGGAACGCCGGCGGUCUGGACAACAAAGCGCUGCGCCGCCUCGAUGACGCGAUUGACAAAUGGACCGCCGAAUGUGAUCCGAAGUCGUGGAAAAAGAUCCAAAAGGAAAUCCGCAGCUUCUUUUCCUCUGCAUCCGGUGUGAAUGCAAGCUUCCUUGAGCAAAGGAAAGACAAACACUUCCAGACUUCAUCAAAGUACUCGGGCUUGAACUUGUCGGUCGCACGACACGCGUUCAAGAAACUGGUGAAGAGGGACGAUGUUUUCACUGAGGUUGAGGCCGCUGUGCUGCACCUGCUUCCUUCCCUUGACAAGGAGCCGGUGGGAGUGGAGGGCCUGAGGAUCUACCUGCUCCUCAAUGAGCUCCUGCGCGCGGUCCAGAGGCACGCACGCCAUCGAACGAGCACGGCGCUCGCUGAGGCGGUCGCCGCCGCUGUCGCCAAAUUGUCCGCUGACAGUCUCCGGGUCAUAGGGGACUGGUGGUCUGCUCUGCCGCCCUCCACCAUGGUGGACCACGUUAAAGUGUGGAAGCAGACCCUCUCAGGGAUCCUGUCCUUAGAGCCUGUUCCUCGCAACCCUGGAGUCAGAAACCUGAUGCUCGUCCUCCAGUACAUGUACAAUGCCAACAGCAGGAGUGCAGAAGCCCAGAGGAUGCCAGAAACCAACUUCUGUUUGCAGAUUGACAAAAAACUUCUCGAUCAGGACGUGCAGCGUUGGCGAAAGUAUAUCCAUGCUGAGCCGCUUAUCCUGUGUAGCUUUCCAAUUCUGAUGGAUCUGAACUCAAAGCUAUUUGUUUUUAACCAGAAUGCGGAGUACAGCAAGUGGGAAGCAAUGCAUUGCAGAGGGUGGCCAAUGAUAUGGGAACACCUGCUUGAUCUGCACCUAAGCCGCGCAUCACUUUUGGACGACACCUUUGAACAACUAGAGGCUUCUGAUCACGAGGACUUCAAGUUACAAAUUGCGGUCAAUUUCGAUGAAGACUACACAAACACCGAUGACAAUAAUCUCUACAUAAAAGACUUUUUUCAUGAAGUGUUUCACGAGAUGAUGUCACCUGAAACUGGGAUGUUCAUGUUCAACGACUCCCAAAGACUGGCAUGGUUCCCCAAAGACACAGAGGAGGACCAGAGGUACUUCCACUUUGGGGUUCUGUGCGGCUUGGCUUUGUACAACCAGCACAUCAUUUACUUACCCUUCCCGCUGGCUCUGUUCAAGAAGCUGCUCGGUGUAAAGCCCUCCCUGGGGGACAUGAUGGAAUUCAGCCCAUGUGUUGGACAGAGUCUGCUGAACAUCCUGGAAAACUACGAAGAUGAUGUCAUCAAAAACCUCGAGCAGGAUUUUGUAAUCAACUGGGAUGGUGCAGAGGUUGACCUUGAUCCUAAAAGUCCUGAAAAGCCCCUGACAGGGGAAAAUAAGAAGGAGUUUGUGGAUGCCUUCGUGAACCAUGCCUUCAACACAUCAGUGGAGGGCGUGUUCCAGGAGUUCAAGCGAGGCUUCUUCCUGGUGUGUGACCAGGAUUUGGUGAAGCUGUUCCGACCAAAAGAGCUGCAGAAAGUGCUGGUGGGCGCAGACCUCCAUGACUGGGCCAAGCUGAAACAGAACACAGUUUAUAAGGGGGUGUACAGUGCCACACCACCACAUCCCACCAUCCAGAUGUUUUGGGAGGUUUUCGAUGAACUAAGUGAGGAUCAGAAGAAAGCUUUUCUUUGGUUCGUGACUGGCUUCGAAGGGGUGCCCAUUCUUGGCAUGGAACAGGUCAAAAUGAAAGUAAAAGUUCCGGACCUGUCCUAUGACCAGUACGACCUGUCCUAUGACCAGUACUACCCUAAGACGCAUACAUGUAACUCUACGUUGGAGCUGCCCUUAUACUCAACCAAGGAGAUCAUGCAAACCAUGCUCACAGAGGCCCUGAGCAAAAACAGAAGAUCCUACAAGUGAUUGAGGGUCUGUAUCUGUACUGAACACAGGACUUCACUUUGUAAUCGAGCACUUUGUGAAUGGCUGAACAAGAAGCCGUUGAGCUACUGCUAAUGUAACUAAUGCAAAUGUUAGGAGUUUUAUAAUCUUUAUAAUGAAGUUGUGUGGUGGAUGUACAUAAAAAAUGCAUUAAAACAUGGGUGUAGAUAGUGUGUAUAAACUGUAUCUGUUGCUGGGUAAUCUUAAGGGAUUUUACAAGUGUUGCAUCUCAAGUACUAAAAAGUGUGAUAGAGUUUGUCAUUUUGGGGCCAAGUUGCACAUAAGGUAUUCCAUACAAAAUAAAUAUCGACAGCAAAGUAAACAUUAACAGAAGAAAAUGUUUGUUCCAUGUCAUGUUUUUCAUGUCAUUAAAAAGGAAAAGGAAAUUGAA